AAGCCUCUCGUUUAAGCUUAAAAAAGUUAUUCUUAUUUAAUCAAUAUUUUUCAAAGCUUUGAAUUAGCUUAUAUAGAAAGCUAUAUUCUCUCCCUGUAUGUUUUAACCUUUAUUAGAGAGGGUGGUCCAUUUUGAAGAUAUUUGUUAUUUCAGUGUGUCGUUGGGAAUUAAUUUGGCAUCCAUUUUGGAUACUCGCAGACAGUUAGACGCCACCUCAUUUCAUGUGGCCAUCUUUAUCCAUGUUUGUACAUUUUUCCAAUUUGGGCUGACAUUUGUUUUUUGAGUUUUUCAGACCUUCCUCUCUUGUGCUUCGUAAUUCUUUGCAUAUCCUCUUGCUCCCCUCCCAUCUCUAUAUUCUUUUCUAGGCUCUUGAUUCCCCAUCUCCAUGGCUACUGAGACUCUUCUGUCAGAUCAUCACAGCCCUGAUAAGACAAUGGAGAAGGUGUUUGAAGAAACACAAACAGUCAAACUGGAGGAUGUUGAUCCGCCAAAGGAAGUUGGAGGAAAAGAUGAGGAAGAAAAGCUUGAUGCAGAUGGGUUGGCAGGGUCAGAGACUCCUGUGAAUAAACUAGAGGAAACAACAGGGAUGCAAACUAAGCUUCCUACAGCGGUUGAAGUCAAAAAGGUUGAUGAUGCUCCUGUUGUGGAUGUUCAUGUGGAAGCUGAUUCUGAAAAGAUAGAAAAUUGUGCUCUGAAUCCAGAGUCAUUGUCUGCUUCAGGAAUGGGUGAUGGAGCUGUUGAGACCCAAUCAGGGGAUCCAGAGAAAUGUAUUGUGGUUGAAAAAGUUGAGAAUCCUUCUCUUGUGGAUGUUCCUGCUGAAGUUGAUCUGAAGGUGGUUGAAAAUAGUGUUUUGGACCCAGAAUCAGAUUCUGCUUCAAAACCAGGUGAGACACCAGAGGAGCAUUCUGUUGAUGUUCUGAAGGUUGAUGAUGGCCCUAUUGUGGAUAUUCCUACUGAAACUGGUUCAAAAGUGGUUGAAAAUUCUGUUCUGGAGCCAGAACCAUCAUCUGCUUCAGAACCAGGUGGUGAAAAUUUUGAACGACAACUGGAGGCCCCAAAGGGGGAUACCACUGAGGUUGAAAAGGUUGAUGUUGUCAGUGUUGCAGAUGUUCUUGUUGAAGCUGGCCCAAAAGUGGUUGAAAAUUCUGUUCUGGAACCAGAAUCAUCUCCUUCAGAACCAAUUGCUGUAGCUGCUGAAAGGCUAUCAGAGGAGCAUCCUACUGUAGUUGAAAAGGUUGAUGAUGCCACUAUUGUGGAUGUUCCUUGUGAGGCUAGUUUAGAAGUGGUUGAAAAUUCUGUUCCGGAACCAGAAUCAUCUCCUUCAGAACCAAUUGGUGUAGCUGCUGAAAGGCUAUCAGAAGAGCAUCCUACUGUAGUUGAAAAGGUCGAUGAUGCCACUAUUGUGGAUGUUCCUUGUGAAGCUAGUUUAGAAGUGGUUGAAAAUUCUGUUCUGGAACCAGAAUCAUCUCCUUCAAAACCAAUUGGUGUAGCUGCUGAAAGGCUAUCAGAAGAGCAUCCUACUGUAGUUGAAAAGGUCGAUGAUGCCACUAUUGUGGAUGUUCCUUGUGAAGCUAGUUUAGAAGUGGUUGAAAAUUCUGUUCUGGAACCAGAAUCAUCUCCUUCAGAACCAAUUGGUGUAGCUGCUGAAAAGCUAUCAGAGGAGCAUCCUACUGUAGUUGAAAAGGUUGAUGAUGCUGCUAUUGUGGAUGUUCUUUGUGAGGCUAGUUUAGAAGUGGUUGAAAAUUCUGUUCUGGAACCAGAAUCAUCUCCUUCAGAACCAAUUGGUGUAGCUGCUGAAAGGCUAUCAGAGGAGCAUCCUACUGUAGUUGAAAAGGUUGAUGAUGCCACUAUUGUGGAUGUUCCUUGUGAGGCUAGUUUAGAAGUGGUUGAAAAUUCUGUUCUGGACCCGGAAUCAUCAUCUGCUUCAAAACCAGGGGAUGAAAUGGUUGAAAGUCAAAGAGAGGCGCUAGAGGAGCAUCCUGUUGAGGUUGAAAAGGUUGAUAAUAUCCCCAUUGUAGAUUUUCCCGCUGAAGCUGGUGUAAAAACGAUAGAAAAUUCUUUUGUUGAUGCAGAAUCAUUAUCUCCUUCAGAACCAGGUGGUGCAACUGUUCAAAGACAACUAGAGGCUACAAACGAACACUUGACCACUGAAAUGGUUGAAACACAACAACAGGAGCAAGUUGCAGGUGAAGCAAUAGAACAACCAGAGGAGAAGCCAUCAGUUGGAACUGCUGAGCCCGACUCAUCAAUUGAGGCAGUUGAUAAACUAGUGGAGCACUUGGAAGUCAUUCCUGUCAAAGAAUCAGAAUUAGAAGUAGCAAAAGUUCCAGAAGCAUUUUCAGAGGCAGAGUGUAAGAUAGCAGAAAGCCCAGGAUUAGUUAACACAGUUGAGGGAGAAACAGGAGAAAGAGCUGAAGUUAUCAAGGGGGUUGAGGGAGAAACUGAGGAGAUCAAGCCCAGCGAAAGUUUGGGGGGUGAAGUAAUGACAUCUGAGGGGACAAUGGCUGAUAAGUGUGAGGGCAAUGAAUCUCUGAAGGAGGAGACUAGUCUAGAUCAGGAGCCUGUUGCAUAUGAAAACUCAGUUCCCACCAAUGAGGAAGCUCAGGUUGAUCCAAAAGAAGAGGAAGGAGAUUCUUCCACUUUUGAUGUCAUAGAAAAGGCUGCUGCCAGAGCUACAGAUAAGGAAGAAGGUGGGGGUGAUGUGGUCGAAAGGUUGUCAAAAGAUGAAACUGUUGUGGCGGCAAAGGUUGAACAACAGAAGGAAGAAAAGAACGUGAAAAUUGAAGACAGUGAAGGGAAAAACACAAAAGUUGAGGAAUCUAUCCAAACUGAAACAGCCAAAACUGAUGAUAGAAAUGGUUCCAAUUUUGUUGCAGAAGUUGCUGAAAUUGACAGAGAGCAGGUUUCUAGAGAUGUAGAGGAGGUUGCUGAGGUGAAAAAAUUGGAGAAUGUCGAAGAGGAUAUACCCCUUUCAGUUGAGGCCGACAAAAAGAACGUGAAAAUUGAAGACUGUGAAGGGAAAAACACAAAAGUUGAGGAAUCUAUCCAAACUGAAACAGCCAAAACUGACGAUAGAAAUGGUUCCAAUUUUGUUGCAGAAGUUGCUGAAAUUGACAGAGAGCAGGUUUCUAGAGAUGUAGAGGUGGUUGCUGAGGUGAAAAAAUUGGAGAAUGUCGAAGAGGAUAUACCCCUUUCAGUUGAGGCUGACAAAGAUAAAGAUGGAGAGGGAAAGUUGUCUGAAGUUGAUGCCAAGGAGACUGUAAAAACCAAUGCAGACAACUUAGAAAGUGCAAAAACAGAUGGCGAAAUUGCAAAAUCUAAUCCUCCAAAUUUGGAGACCUUGAAAAAUGGUGAUGACUCUAAAACAUCUGCAAAGCCCCCUAAACAAGAUGAUUCAGUUAAAAAACAUUCAAAUAACUUAAUAUCGAAAGUAAAACAGUCCAUUGUGAAGGUGAAGAAAGCUAUCACUGGGAAAUCUCCAAGCCCAAAAGCCCUCUUGCCAGAAGCCAAGGGAGAUGAAAAGGUGAAGUAAGUGUCAGGAGACAUUAAGGAAUUUUGCAUUCAAUAUGCAGAUAUUUGUCGUGUUGAUUGUUGAUGUCGCAUAUGGGGUAGAUGCUUUGAUCUCUGUCAUGGGCUUGCCUUUUGGAUCACAAUGGUUGUAUAUAGAAGGUAACACACUGUUUUUGUUUUAUUUGAGGAUUUGGAAAACUUUCUGUCUUGUUUAUUCUAGGUGAAGUUUUUACUUGUCUUGGUGGUUUUGCUCUGGUCAGUGGUGUGUGAUUUGUUUCAAUUGAUAAAUUUGAUUAUGAAUGUAUCUUACAAUUUUACAGAUAAUUUAUAUUUAAUAUUUCUUUUGUAUGCAAUUCAAUUCUGGAAAUUAAUAGUACACUUUCCUGAUUGCAAGA